AAGGUAGACCGGCCGCGGGCAUGGCCUCCUCCAAACCCCUGUCCCGCUUCUGGGAGUGGGGCAAGAACAUCGUCUGCGUGGGGCGCAACUACGCCGACCAUGCCAAGGAGAUGGGGAGCGCGCUGCCCCGGGAGCCCCUCUUCUUCCUCAAGCCUUCCUCAGCCUACGUGCGCGAAGGGUCGCCCAUCCUCCGGCCCUACUACUGCACCAACCUGCACCACGAAGUGGAGCUGGGGGUGGUGAUCGGGAAGAGAGCCCAGGCCGUGGCUCAGGAGGCUGCCAUGGAGCACGUUGCAGGCUAUGCCCUGUGCUUGGACAUGACGGCCAGGGACACGCAGGAGGAGUGCAAAAAGAAGGGGCUGCCAUGGACCUUGGCCAAGGGCUUCAGUUCCUCCUGCCCCGUCAGUGACUUCGUGCCCAAGGAGAAGAUCCCAGACCCUCACAAGCUGAAGAUCUGGCUCAAGGUGAACGGGAAUCUAAGGCAGGAAGGGGAGACGUCCUCGAUGAUCUUCUCCAUCCCCUACCUGAUCAGCUACAUCAGUGAAAUAGUCACCCUGGAAGAAGGGGACCUGAUUCUGACAGGGUCUCCCAAAGGAGUGGGGUCUGUGCAGGCCAACGAUGAGAUAGAAGCUGGGAUAAGCGAUGUCCUCUCCAUGCGGUUUAAGGUGGCACAGCAAACGCGUAGAUCCUGACCAGGAGCUGGGCUGGGGCCAUGUCUGUGUGGGAAGAGGCUCUUUUGGGAACAUCUGGUGAACAAGGAG